UUAUUAUUUCUUCCUCCAUGCGUCAAUGUUAUUUGUUUUUAGUUUUUUUGUUAAUGUUUCAUUGUUUUCUAUGUAUCGCUAACUUCUUUCCUGAUCUCGUGUUUCUAAUUCCACCUUCACUGGUCUUUCACUUACUCGCGACGCGAGCGAAACUAACCAACCAAGCUGGCCCGCCACGCUCGCCUCUCGCACAGGGGAACCGAAUCCUGCCGCUGCUGAUGCAGCACCGGAGGACGCGUUGGGCGGGGGAUUUUUGCAGGCAUUGCCGGUGACCAAUUCUGCGGCUUUUGCUUUUGACAGGAUGGUGGAUCGGAGAUGGUGGGGAAUUUGGUAAGGGGAAUGCGGGCAAUAAUACACGCGGAAACGAGGCGGACGAGGAGUGCUGGUAGUGAGGGAGGAGGGAGGUGUGCAGCAGGAACAUCAGGAGGAGCAGUAGUAGCACCGGCAGAGGUGGAAAGAGGUUGAGAGGAGGAAUCACAAGAGAGCUUGUGGCAGACGUCGUAUGUUUCCACUGGACGGCCUUUGUCAGGAUACAUUAAGCAACCAAUGCUUCUACUCGGCUAUUCCUGGUGCUUCGCUCGUCCUUUUUCUUGGACAAUUAUUGCUGAGGCAAUGGAUCAUGAAGUGGGUUUGCAGAAGUCAGUGCGGAGGAUGAAGAGAAGAGAGUGGGUGCCCAAAGUGAGGAGGAACAGGUAGCAAUAGUAUUAGUGAAAGGGGUCCGGGUUUGAUACAAGCAUGGCGGAGGUGGACGUGCCUUCUUGGCUGAAAAGUCUGGCUCUGGCUCCCGAGUAUCAUCCUACGGAGGCAGAGUUCCUGGACCCCAUAAAUUAUAUUUUCAAGAUAGAGCAAGAAGCCUCGCAGUAUGGCAUUUGCAAGAUUGUGCCGCCAUACUCGAAAGCUCCCAAACGGGUGGUGUUUCACAAUUUGAAUUUGUCGUUGGCCAAUUCUCAAGAUGUGGCGAUAGCAGGAGAAGUCCCUACUGUUGGCCGGAGCAUGUGUCCUGCACGGAAUAUGGGUGGUGGAAGUGUGCCCACCGUUGAGGAAGGAUGUGGGGCGAAGUUCACUACAAGAAGGCAGCAAUUAGGAUGGAAUGCGCGGAAAGUAAGAGGAGGAGCACCGCAGUCUGCUGUACACAAAUCUGUUUGGCAAAGUGGGGAGACAUACACUCUGGAACAAUUUGAAGCGAAGGCCAAGAUUUUUGCGCGCAACCGGUUGGGUACUUCGCAAGAGCCUCUGGCAGUUGAAACACACUUUUGGAAAGCAGCUACUGAGAAGGCAAUCACAAUAGAGUACGCGAAUGACAUACCCGGUUCGGCAUUUGCUGAGCCAAGAGAGACCACCUUGCCUUCGAAACGUCGAGGUGGUUCGGCUGAAGGAACACCAACGGAUUCGUUUGGGGCUAAUAGUUCAGAGCGGGAAGAGGAGGACAACGUUGGUUUUGUUAAGGAUGCAGGAAUCUCAGGAGCUGCAGCCGAGGUGUCGAAAGUUUCAGGACUUAACGAAACCGCUGACAAUGUUAUGGGCAUGAGUUGUAAACUCUCCAGUAGUGCAUGGAACAUGCGAAAAGUGGCCCGCUCUCCCGGUUCUUUGCUGCGUUUCAUUCCCGAUGAAGUUCCAGGGGUCACUUCUCCAAUGGUGUACAUAGGCAUGCUUUUUAGUUGGUUCGCAUGGCAUGUGGAGGACCACGAGCUACACAGUCUCAAUUACCUACAUACUGGUGCUCCCAAAACCUGGUAUGCUGUGCCUGGAGAUGCCGCUUCUGCUCUCGAAGAGGUGGUACGAAUUCAAGGAUACGGUAACCAACUUAAUGCACGAGAUGCUUUUGCACGUUUGGGCGAGAAGACUACAGUGAUGUCUCCAGAGGUGCUGGUUGCAGCAGGCGUGCCUUGCUGCAGGCUUGUCCAAAAUGCUGGGGAAUACGUGGUUACCUUUCCUCGUGCGUAUCAUUUAGGCUUUAGCCACGGGUUUAAUUGUGGCGAGGCAGCAAAUUUUGCAACUCCGGGUUGGCUAGAAGUUGCAAGAGAGGCAUCAGUACGACGUGCAGCAAUGAAUUAUCUGCCCAUGCUCUCUCAUCAACAGCUUUUGUACACGUUGGCAAUGUCUUUUACAUCCAGGUUUAAUUGUGAAAUAGCUUCUGAGAAGCCUAGCUCCCGUGUGAAAGAGGACAAAAGUGUUGGUGAAGAGGUCAUCAAAUCUAAGUUUGUCAACGACGUGAUUCAUCAGAACGACCUAAUUGGCAAGUUACUCGACAAUGGAGCCACAAGCUGUUUGUUGGUGAGAGAUUCGAAAUAUCAUGCCCCACACGCAAGUACUAGUAUUCCAGAGUGUAUCGAUCCUUUUCGGGCCGACAAAUUACAUGAAAAGAUGCAAGAGGAAGUUUUUUCGAAAGGUGAUGCUCUGGAGAGUCUUGUAUCGGAAACACCUACUGACAUACAAGUUUUACCCAGCCCUGCUUUAGCAUCGAUGGUCGGUGAGGUUUCUUCUGUAAAGCAUAAAGAUAAUGCCGAGCCUUCCGUUUUAAAUGAUAACAACUGUACAGUAGGGAAGGAGCAAGUAUGUGGAGAUGAUGUCACAACCUCGGCCCUAUCACGUGAUUUGAGUAUGUUGCCAUGCGCUGCUUGCGGCAUCCUGUGCUUUAGCGGUAUAGCCAUUGUUCAACUAUCGCAAAGUGCGGCUACUAGCAUUACACGAUUAUAUUCUUAUACAUCAGGUUCAGGGAGUCGCAGGAUCAAGGGCGUUGUAAACUUAUCUUCAGGAGUGUUACCUGGCAGAGCUGAUAAAAAGUCAGCUGAUUUUCAUAUGCUUCCGAACGUGGAAGCGCAGCCCUUGCCUGAGCUUGAGGGGACAAUUCCUGAUGUUUUUGUAGACUCUGAACACAAGGACCACACCGAGGAGCCAGAAAUUUGGACUCCUGAUUUGAAAGAAUGUCCCACAACAUAUAAGGACUCUAGCAAUGACGUAGCGCUGGAUGAAGAAACUCCUCAGAGUUAUCAAGCAUCUGCAGACUUUGAAAGGAAAGAAUGUGUUUCCUCUCAGGCGGUUAAUGCAGCAUCAUGUGUUGGAAACAUUGGGUUAUCCUUCAACAGUAGCGCUGAAGAUAACUUGGAGGUCGACAAGCAGGACCGUGAUAGUGUAUCUGGACUGGGGUCAGGAGUUUCAGCCGACCUUAUUGCACAGGCUUUACAUGUUGGAGGCACUAAGUAUUGUUCAAAACAUAGCGUGCCCAAACCGGCUGUAGAGGGGGCGCUAUCAUCCCUACAGCUAUUGGCUGCUGCUUAUGAUGACGACUCUGAUAUUGAUGAGUGCGAUCAAAUAGAACAUUGCGAUGAGGCCAAAGUUGUGGUUAGUCCUCUGCCAGAGACUAAAAUUCAUACUGCCGAUAUAUCUGGUGUAUAUUCCGAGAACCCUCUACUACGACCGGCACCUGUGAUCGGUUGUCCUUCGAACUUGAUCUCGCCGUCACGAAAUAGUGAAAUCAAGCCAAUUUCUUCAACUUCAGAGGAUUUAAAAUCGAUUUCAAGACCGUCAGUGAUUAUGCUUUCACCGUCAGGUAGCCAGACCCUAUUCGUGAAGGAGACACCUUCGUGUUUUGAUGAGCUUUCAGAGGAGCAUUCAAAAUCGGGCGUUGAGUUAGAAAACCACAAACAAUCUUGUAGUCCAUUUGAAGAUUCUGCCAAGACUUUGUCUGGAUUAUCGAAUCUUCAGUCGAACCGCAAGAGCGAACAUGAGGAAACAUUGAAUAGAGAUGAAGCAAAGCAUAAGUCACCACUGUCCUUUGGCGAGUGUGUCACUUGUUCUUUGCCUCAUGAUAGUUUCUUUGAUUCUUUUGAAGAGGCUGCUCUCAAAAGCACUGAAAAUGAUACUAUGGAGUUGGAGAACUCUUCUCAGAAGAUUAACCCUCUGGUUAGCUCUCAUAGAAAUUCUAAAGUAUGCACGCUUGUUGCUCCUGAAUUAGACUUGGAACCAAAUGAGCCAGUUGAGAUUCCGUGCAACGUCAUAGUCAAAGCAGAUAGUCAGUUAGAAGAGGCGAGUUCUGUGUCUACUGAUAGUUCAAGUAAAUUAGGUGAAUCUUUAGACAACAAUGGUUCUCUAGCUAUUGCUCUUGCAAUUCAGGAUUCAAAUGUCAAUGGAACCGGAGAAAUAGGUCGAUUAGAACAUUCAGCGCAGAUAGAGUCAAAUGCUUCAAGCCAAUUACAGAUACUUAUGGGUGCUGCAAGGCCCCGGAUGCUCUGCCUUGAACAUGCAGUUGCUACACAGAAGAUGUUGGAGUCGAUUGGAGGAGGCUCCGUGAUCAUAGUUUGUAAUUCCAGUAAGCACGAUAUUCUUUCUAGAGAUUUUUCAAAAGUUGAGCAACAAGCGAAAGUUGUAGCGGCAGAGAUUGGAGCUCAGCAUCAGUGGAGGACUGUACAGUUUAAAGAAGCAGGAUAUGAAGAGCACAAAGUCAUAGCUGCAGCUUUAGAAGAACACUUCAAUCCUGGAGAUAAUGAUUGGGUGAACCAGUUGGGACUAAGUGCUUAUGGUCAGAGCAGUUUUUUAUCUAAUGAUAUUGAUGUUACUGAUGGAAACCCCUUCAGUGAAGUGAGUGAAGAACUAGGAAGCAGAACUUGUCACCAUGGAAGGAAAGAGGAAAAAUCACUUAUAGUUAGACAAUGGUGUGGCAAAGGAUGGAGGGCCGACCAGCUUCAUCCUUUACUUGGUGGACGCCUUUCUAUCCCUUGGCAAGUCGACAAUACUUCCGCUUCUGUAAGUUUACCUGUCUCCGGUGGAGUUUCUAGUCUUGGUGAGAAUGGGAGGUCACGUAAAGUCAUGCGACCUGCUCGGUUAGCGGAGUACACUACAGAUGGUCGUGCCCCGAAGGGAGAAUCGGGUACUAAAAAGUCCUAUAAUAAGAGGAGAAUUCUUUUGGAAAUGUCAGAGGACGAGCUUGUUGAGCAGAACAGUCAAGCAACACCAUCAAGAUUGGGUGGUUCUGGUGAUAGUCUAUUUCCUCAAGCAACUCCACGCGAUAGCAGUGGAGAUAGCCUCUGGCGAGAAGUGCCAAUAGUAUCUACUGACUCUUUUCUGCUUUCUCUUCAAUUACCUGAUGCAGAAAUGGCUGCUGAAAGAGGUUGUGAUGACUUUCUCUUCUUUUCACCACACUUCCGCUCAUCAAAAGAGUUGCGGCUUGCUUGUAGUCAAGUCAAUACAAGCCUAAACAAUGCUUCAGCGCAAAAUGUAGCAAGCCAGUCCUGUGCUGUUGUUGGAGGCUUUCUCCAACGAGGUGCUAAGCUUCAGGCACUUCAAAAGCUGUGCAAUCAAUUAAGUACAAAUGAAGUAAUCUCUGUUCCAUGUACUCCUCUAACCACCCCAAGUCGAUUUGCUUCUUGGAUGAAGGCGAAGUCCAAUCCCCAUAAAAGGAUAUCUACGGCGAAGUUGGUCAAUCGGUUGAAGCGGAAGUCCACAACGGAUGAGCUUUCUUGGGAUGUGAAAAAGCAGAAGUCUGAGGUAAUGAAUAAGCACAACAGCAUGCUUCCAGCUCUGAGAAGAGAAAACAGUUCAGGUCACCAUGACAAUGGAGAAGGAUUUGCCGGCAAUCUUUUAAUCUCGAAGAAGCAUGUUAUGUCCGUAAGCGGUAAGGAAGUUAAAGAGGAUCUCUCGGUAGACCAUGGUGCGACAAAUGGAGGUGAUAGAGGUUUGAGGAUUGAUAUGAUUAAUAAUUAUUCUGAGACUAGUGCAGGGGAUGACGAGCGGAAGCAUAAAUCAGAAGAAGAAUUAAUGGAAGAACAGUAUGACAGUGAUCUACAGCCUGUUCAAGAUUGCAAUAAUAGAUUUUUAGAGAAUUCAACCAAUUCAAAUCCGAUUAAAAGCAUUUUGCAACGAUGCCUAGAUUACGGAGUUGAGGGAUCGCCGCAGGAGUUAAGUCGUUACCCUCCUGACAAAAUAUUUCUGCAGACACCAAACAUACAUGGUCCCAACCCAGUUUCGAUUACCACUUACUGUACAGAGUCCUUACCUCAAGGUCCUGGUGAGCUAAAUAUACAACGAGAUCUAGGGCUGCCUUCUAUUAAAGAGGUGUCACUUUUAGUGCCCCGCAGGGUCAGAGCCAAGCGGACGAAAAGUAGGAGUUGGAAAAGUUGUAUACAGAUUACCCCGGCUUCAUACUCGCCACAACAAGACAACCUUGUGUCCUCAACCUGUGAGGAUGGCAAUCCCACGAGUGAGGAUGGCAGCAAUGAUCCCGCCGGGGUGGAUCCUAAAUUGACCGCGGAGGGAUGUGAUUGCGGUGGUCAGGCUGAUCCAGAUUAUUUCUCAUACUUGGGCUGCUUGACAUGUUCAACUGCUAAUGUAAGGAGACGGCGUAUGUGCACCCCAGAUAUGAAAUCUGAGUGGGGAGUCGACACAUCUAAUGGAAAUGAAGGUGAAGCUGAAGGUGGCGCCAACCAGCUUAGUGCACAGCAAAGCGCAAAAGCUGUCAAAAAGCGGAAGAAUGGCAAUAAAAAACCCCCAGCAACCAAACGAUGUGAAUCUGAUCUGGAGGGAGAAUUUCAGUGUGACGUGGAAGGCUGUAUCAUGGCAUUCGACUCUAUCAAUGACUUGGAACUCCACAGAAGGAAUCGUUGCACGUGGAAGGGCUGUGGGAAACACUUUCACAUGCACAAGUACCUUCUACAGCAUCGAAGAGUUCACCUCGAUGACAGGCCUUUGAAGUGCCCUUGGAAAGGUUGCACUCAAGCGUUUAAGUGGGCUUGGGCUAGAACGGAGCAUAUCCGUGUACAUACGGGGGAGAGGCCCUACAAGUGCAUGGUCUCUGGGUGUGGACAGACCUUUCGGUUUGUAUCCGAUUUUAGUCGACAUAAGCGCAACACUGGACACAGGACUACUUGAUUAGCUGAGUGAGAGGGCAUCUUCUUCAGGUCGGCAUGAACUUUCCUGAAGAGGCAUUUCACUAUAUUAGCAGCGUUAGUUUCGGGUGGGUCGUUUUUCAUCUAUUCUUGGAAGCAUGGUUGUGGAUAUUGGAUUCAGUAGAUUAGGCUCACGUGGCGUUUAUCCGACUCUUCUUUUGAAUCAAUUUAAUGUUGUAUGCCAUUUACUUGAAAGAGAGACACUUGGAAGACAUUCUGCCAUGGAUUCUUUUC